UUCAGCCGGUAACCAAAAUUUUAUCUCCCGUUUUUUCAUUGGUGAUAGUUUUGUUUGUUACUUAAAUUUUGAUUGGGUAUUUCUAUCAUCUUUAAAAUAGGAACCGCGAAAUGUAGCGUCACUUAGUUCUUAGUUGUUCAGCGUGUCACACUGAUUUUCAAUUAGUAGUUAAAAAGAACUAUAACAAAGGAAAUUGGAUAAAUCUGUGAUAUUUAAAUAACAUGUCAACAUAUGGAAUAACAAUAUUAUAAAUUAGAGAAAUUAAAUAAACCCUUUAAGGGUUUAUUGUAUUAAAAAUAACUUUUUCAUUGGACUUUGUGAACAACAGUGGAUAAAUUCGUCAAUUUGACUUGUGCAAAAAAAAAAAAAAUGUGGUGCAAUACGUACACAUUUGCAUGUUAACAUUGAUUUGUCAAGGUUUCAUCAAAUUGCUCUUCAUAAAAUGGCAACGGGAUUGCGAAAGGGAGCAAAACUUAACUAUAAACUGAUGAACGAACAGGGGAUAUCGCUAGACACUAAAGAUAACAGCGAUAACAAUGAUGAUCAGGUUGCUGAGGAUACUAGAAAAGAUUCGGUUUUCUCGCCGGUAAAAUCUAAAGCGCAAAAAUCAAACGCAUCCUCCGCAGAGGAUGAUGGGAAACACUCUUUACCCGAGGAGGUUGAUUCGGACGAUCAGGAAAUCGAAAAAUUGCAACGUGAGUUGGAAACUCUAGAAAAAGACGAAGCAAAACUCAAGAAAAUUAAACAGAAAGAAGAAUUACGCCAGAAAGUGGUGAGGAAAAGAGACGAGGUCAAGGCUCUAAGAGGCUAUUUUUAUCUUAUCUACUGUAAGGUAGGAUCUUUUGUCAUUCAACCCUAUAAUUUGUGUUGUGUUAUUGCUGAUUUUAUUUUUCUCUCUGCUUUGUAUUUAUAGUUUUUGCUGGGCUUGGCUGAGGGUUGGCGGGUAUAUCAGUAUUCAACUGAUUUAUUAAAUAAUUUGUCUUCCCGUACUUAAUUAAUUGUAUUGAUUUGUCAUCUUUACAUGCUUUAGUGACACGUUUGCUGACAUUAAA